AUGGCGCGCCAGUCCGCAGCGCGUCCUGCGCGGGGCAGGGCACCUCGUGGCCGUCGGCCAAACCUUGAGACACCUCGUGAAGACCAGAUUCCCGAGGUCUAUCAGGAGAUGUUGGAAGAGGCCGAAGCCCGAGACCCUGGCCAGUUUCGCUCAGAUCGACCCAUCAAAAGACGCAAACUUGGAGACACAAAGUUCAGCCAGACAAGGGCUAUUCCCGUCGACCCUCCACAGCUAGAGCAGUCCAAUGUGGCUCCACCUUCAGAAACAGAUGAUUUUCAGAACGUGCAAACUAUCUAUGAUUCAACCACCUCUGAUGAAUCAGAUGUUGAAUGGGAAGAUGUUGAUGUUGCACAACCUGCUCAUGGAUUAUUUGGGACGGCUGACGGUAGCGAGGGGAGAGAUGAAACUCUGCAGAUUACCUUGGAUCGAGGAUCAGAGGCCCGGAAAAAGGCACCCCCCAAGAAGAAAGCCGGUCACCGCGGCUGA